AUGUCUAAAGUUGUGCCGCUUCCAGGCAUCACAUUUGCCGGUGCGUCGUAUGCGCGUAACGAAAGAGUUUUUGAUUCGCUGCCGAAGAACGACAAAAGAAGAAUCCGGCGUGGUGAAGUGAUUCGCUUUAGGGGCGCGCCUCGUUCAUUCGAGCGGCCACGUUGGAACAUUUCCGUGUUGGAUGAGGCUCACCCGUUUCCUCAGCUUCCCAUUAUGCACUCUUUGCAUAGCUUUGAGGGUGUGGAGGUGCUCCAUAGGGAGUUUCCCGAGAUUGUUCGUGGGGCGAAACAUCUUGAAACGAAAUGCCGUCCAGGGCUGUGGACAACGAGGGUAAAGAAGGGAUCUCCCAGGGACGUUGACAGUGCCAGGGAGCGGUGGAACAGUUAUCUUUCCCGAGUUAUCGCGUCUGAGUGCUCGGAAAGAAAAAAGGAGUUGCGGAGUGGAUGGGACUCAUCAAAGAAGUCUUGGACAUUCACAGGACGUAUCGGUGACCCGAAGGAGAGCCAAAGAAGCUACGUGGAACUAAACAAAACAAAGAAAAUCUUGAAUAUGGACGCGUACAAUAGUCCUCUCUCUCGAGUGAAGAAAAUGAAUGAGAGCAUUCGAGCAGCAAAGCGAAAUGAAAAGAUGCGGAAGGAACAGACGUCACUAACACAUGUUUGCGCCUCUGGUGCUCCGGCAGUUUUUAAGAUGAGCAACAUUGAUGAGUGGUGGCACUUGGAUCCCACCCUCACUGCAGCAGAGACAACGGCAGCGUCAGCCGUGAAUGUAAAUAAGGGAUCAGAACAGUAA